AUGGCGCCAAAGACAACGCAGCAAGUUGCACCAAGGAGGCACCAGUAUGAGUUCCUUGGACCACCUGGCGCCGCGGCCAUCAGCUUUGGCUUGCCAAUUCUCUUAUAUAGCUUCGCCUUCGCCUGUAACGACAUCUCCGGGUGCCCUGCGCCAUCCCUUCUACAUCCCAAGACGCUCGAUCUCGAGGUUCUGAAGCGAGAGGUGGGCUGGCCGAAGGAUGGGAUAAGGGGGCUUUUGAGCCUUGAGGCCACGGGAUGGACUUUGGCAUACUAUCUCUGGAGCGCGCUCCUGUACCGGCUUCUGCCAGGGACCGAGACUGAGGGCACCAAGCUGGCAAACGGCGGACGCCUUAAGUACAAGUUUAAUGCUUUCGCCUCGUCAAUGUUCACCCUAGCCAUCUGCGCAGCAGGCACCUUCGCCCGCGGCGCCGAGUUUCCCCUGUGGACUUUUAUCUCAGACAACUACCUGCAGAUUCUGACGGCCAAUAUCCUCAUUGCGUACGCGCUCGCAACAUUCGUUUACAUCCGCAGCUUCAGCGUCAAACCGGGGAACCCCGAGUUCCGCGAGCUUGCGGCGGGCGGCGUCACCGGUAACAUGCUCUACGACUGGUUUAUCGGACGCGAACUGAACCCGCGAGUGACGCUCCCCUUGAUCGGCGAGAUAGACAUCAAGGAAUUCAUGGAGAUCCGGCCCGGCCUGCUAGGUUGGAUCCUCUUCAACUGCGCCAACGUUGCGAAGCAAUACCGCCUCUACGGCUCCGUCACCGACAGCAUCGUCUUCGUCACCAUCAUCCAAGCCUUUUACGUCCUCGACGGCCAGUUCAUGGAGCCCGCCAUCCUGACCACGAUCGACAUCACCACCGACGGGUUUGGGCUGAUGCUCGCGUUCGGCGACCUGGUCUGGGUGCCCUUCCUCUACUCUACACAAACCCGCUACCUGUCUGUCCACCCGCAGACGCUCGGCCCUGUCGGGCUCGCAGCCGUCGGCGCCGUGCUCCUCGCGGGCUACGCCAUCUUCCGGCUGUCCAACUCGCAGAAGAACGCGUUCCGCACCAACCCCAACGACCCUGCCGUCGUACACCUCAAGUACCUCGAGACCAAGGCCGGCACGCGCCUGCUCGUCGACGGCUGGUGGGGCGUCGCGCGCCACAUUAAUUACCUGGGAGACUGGAUCCAGGCCUGGCCGUAUAGCCUGCCGACGGGCAUGGCCGGGUACCAGAUCCUGAGCGCGGGCACGCUGGCUGAGGGUGCUGUCAAGAUGCUGGACGGGCGCGAGGUGGUCCCCGGUGAGGCCAGGGGCUGGGGCAUCAUUUUUACGUACUUUUAUGUACUCUAUUUUGGAGUGUUGCUCGUGCAUCGCGACAGGAGGGACGAUGAGAAGUGCUCGCGCAAGUAUGGUGGGGACUGGGAGAAGUAUAAGCGCAUUGUGCGCUGGCGUAUUGUGCCGUAUGUUUACUGA